AGUUAUUACAUAAAAGUCUUUGAAAUUAGGGCUACAUUUGUGUGGAUGCAUGAAUGACCUUUACUUGUAAGCUGGGCUUUUUCUAAACAAUUUUAUGUUCUUGCAGGAAUUCUCACCGGAUGGACGAUUCAUUAUUAGUGCUGAUUGGGAUUUUAAAAUUCGUGUUACCCUGUUUCCAAAGAAGACUUUAGAUGGAGCUCAUGAGAUACAGAGCUUUUGCCUUGGUCAUUCUAAGUUUGCACAAGCUCUCUCUAUUGAACAUGGAAGGUUGCCCUGUUACUGCAUCAUGCUUGGACUCUCUUGCAGGUUCACUUUUGCCUUUUCUUCUCCUUUGAGUCAUCGCCAUUUUAGUUAUGUUACUAGAUAUUGUGAUAAAUAUUGCAUUUUGAGAGAAGGGUAUGUGGGCUGGUCAGUGUUUUCCCCUUCAUUUUUUGGUUGGUGACUUGCCAACAGUAGGCUUAUAGUUUAUGUUGAUGGGCUUGUGAAAAUAAUUUGCUGUUGUUAAAAUCCUUGGGAUUUGAUAGCCUAAUUUCUAUAACACAACAAAAUUUUUGUAGGUCCUCUUUAAGGAGAGGAUUCUGGCAUAUGAACUUUUGUUUGUUAAUGCACAAAAUUGGGAUUCCAAUUAAGAAAGGGAAUAUAGAGCUCAAUUACAGUUGCCAACAAUAGGCUUAAAGUUUAUAUUGAUGGGCUUUAGUCUUUUUUGGAAAAAUAACAAAUAAAGAAAUGUAAUAAAUCCCUUAAACAGAGCCUUCUGUUAAAAUCUAAAUUGUUUUUAAAGCUUCUUUUCAAUUCUGGACGAAA